AUGGUCAACAACACCUCGACCAACACGCACCAUGUCUUGCUCUGUAUAACCGAGAUAUACUACCGUGCUUGCGAGAUACUCACUGACGCCGUGCGUUUCAAUCUAGUGAUAGGAGCAUAUCGCGACGCAUCGAAACUAAUCCAGCGCCUCAAAGACAAACAGGGGACAUCUGAGAAUUUUAUCUUACCCGAGCAUUUGACCAAAGACUUUGAGGACUCGCUGGCGCUGGGAACCAAAGCAGUACAAAGCCAAUAUGACCACGAUGUCCGACGGUUCGGCGAGACAUACGCGCGCGGCGACGCGACCGCGCGAGAGGAAAUGAAGGACAUCCUCAUUGCCUUGCAGAAGGCAGUCAUCACACAUCUGCGGGAGGUAUACAUGGACGAGGCCUCUCUUGAUCUUCACUCGCUGAAGGAGACAUCGGAUGAUAGCCGCGUCAAUGCGACGGUAUGCCUGGGUCAGCUGUAUCAACGCAUGUCAACGGCAACGGCGGCAAUGAAGCAGAUUUCGAACUCCAAACCGUAUGCAGAUGAGCGCGACAAAGGGGCGGUCCCCGAUUCUUUGGCUUAUUCGAGCAGUCGAAGUACACACUCGUCCCUUGGGGCGGGAGGAGGGCCUUUCGACAACCAGUCGACCACUUCCUACACGACAUAUAGCUCAAGAACGGCCGUGGUGCAUGAUCGCAAACCGUCAGGGGGAGCCAUGCCACCGCAGAGAAGGAUCUCGCUGAACUCGGCCCUCUCGUACUCCAGCGAACGAGAACAACCAAAGAGCGUCACUCCCGGUGAAGAUGAUAUUCCGGCUCUUCCCCUCGCGAUGCAACGACAGUCCAGUCAGGCUUCGGCGGAAAAUAAUACAUCCAGUAGUGCCAGGACUGUACAGCACAUAGGUGCCCUCGGCCUGUCCACCACUGCACGCAAUGCACUGACGCCAGCUCCACCGCCAUACAAGCCAGACCGGUCGCCAUCGGUCCAGGUGUCUGCCGAAAAAGGACAGAAUUUCCCUCCAGAAUCGAGUUUUUAUCAACCUCGAACAGCAGAUAUUCGAAAUAGGCCGCCCCAGAGUCCACCGCAGCGCCAGGGAAGUCUUGAAUCAUACGGGGAUCGCAAUGAAUCCAGUCACCCACUGCAGCCAAGAUCAGUAGAUGUUCACGAACUCGACGAUGGAUUGCCCUCCCAGAUACCCUCGCGCGAAGAAAGGACGACGACGCAUCCUGCACAACAAUCUCGAAGCCAAAUCCAUAAUCAAAGUCAAAUCCACGCCGUGCCUGUCAAUCCAAACUACAGUACGUUAGAGUACGUAGUCGACUUGGAGACGCGAAGUCGUCCUCCGGCCUCGUUGGCCACGUCGCAGCAGUACCAAGGGAACCAGUCGCAACUCGGUCAAGCAUGGCCGCCACAAAUGCAGCAGGGAUACUACCAACAGGCAAUGAUUCAUGGACAACAGUGGCAAAGUCAGCCGGUUGCCCGAGAGCAACCUGGCGGCACCGUGCCACCGUCAGCGGACAACCCUGUGGAUCCGACACUGCAGAGAAGAGUGCCGACGAUGCAAUCGACAAGGCCACCGUCGAUCAGAUCUUCGAGCUCGACAGGGUCGAAAUUCAGCCCGUUUACGCUAAGGAGAGUGCUCCCACCAGGAAUUGCAGAAGCUAUCCAUAAACGUGCCCCUUUGCCGUCGGAGGGGCAACCACGGUAUGUCAGGCCCAAGGAGCCAGAGUCGGGUGAGCAACCGGUGCCGCCUACUAGUCCGACAUCACCUAACGGGCAACAUGUGCACAACUGGCCGAGUGGAGGUUCAACAACAUCUGUUCCAAACAGGCCACCUCGAGAGGUCGGUAUGAGGGCGCCCAGUUCGCCGCAGAUGCAAGUACCCAGGUCAGAGCUCAAUAUACCGAACGAGUCGAACCUGGCUGGAUUCUGCAAAGGCGCCGUCCGAACGCAAUUAGGGGGCCGCAAAAAGGGCUUCUCCCUAGAACACAAACGAGGAGGCAAGGGGCAGGGUUAUUUCUUCCGAUGUACCAAAUGCAGCUUUCAGGGUCCGGCAUCAAUAUCGACAUCUCUGCCCAGCGGCGGCCGAGCUGCAAUCAAACGGGAGAAGACGUUUGACACGCAGGUGCGUGUUUCGGAAGGGGGCAUCAAGUAUCGAUGGGCAUUUCUGGCCAAAAGUCAUGUCGUCGGCCAGGCGGCGAGCAGCGACGGGCAUAACAGCAACGACAUAUUUGGCUGCUACUUUUGUUGUGCAGAGGGUACCGCCAAGGGAUGGGUCGACGAAACUGAUACCUUGACUGCCCAGCUGGCGACCUUAGGCACCUUUGGCGACAAGAAGAACCGAUCGAACAGUAAGCCCAACGUGACGCCGAGGUUCGUAGGGCUGCGAGCAUUCCUGGCUCAUCUGGAAACGCACCGCACCGCAAGCUGGACUCCCGGGAUCAUUGUGGCCAAUGAGAUGAACUGUAUUGUGGGCCGAGCUGCGAACGACUGUGAAGAUUUUGAUUUGAAUCUGCCGCCGCUGUCGUGA